CCUGUCAUGGCGUAUGACAGCAGCGCUGGCAACUAUAUGCAGAAGCAGAAAGACAAAAAUGUGUUUGUUACAGUGGGAACGACAGCGUUCGACGGGUUAAUCAACGUAUUUGCUGCAGAAGAAACAAUACAGGUGUUAGAGGAGAAAGGAUAUACUAGUGUAAUACUGCAAACAGGAAGAGGAAUCAGCGAACCACUAAGUGGUCAAGUGGGGAAAGUAACAGUACAACACUACCAGUACAAACCAAAUAUACAGGAGGACAUCUCAUCAGCAGACUUGGUUAUCAGUCAUGCUGGAGCUGGGAGUUGCUUGGAGACAUUGGGGGCAGGGAAGCCAUUACUUGUUGUGAUCAACAGUGAGCUGAUGGGCAACCACCAACUAGAACUUGCCAAACAGCUGCACAAAGAUGGCCACAUUUAUUAUUGUGACUGUGGAUCCCUUCUUCAGACUCUAAGGGAGAUUAACUUAGACAAUCUAAAACCAUUCAAAAAAGGUGAUCCUUCAAAAUUUGCUGCUUUCCUUGACACUAAAAUGGGAUUUUCCUGACAGAGGAUGGAUCAAAAUCUGUUUUUCCUUUAGUUGUUACAAUUAUCCAUUGAAGUUGUACCACCAUACCGGAUUUGUUGACAUGAUGUGUCAUCUAACUGGAAUUUAUUGUUUGUCAACAUCAGUACUGAAACAAGUUCUUAAAGAAUUUAUUCGGAAAAAAAACCCCAGCGACUUCAACGUUUUAAGAAAAGAAGAGAAAUAUUUACCAUACAACACGGAUUCCUUAGGAAAGAAGACUAACAACUUCAACGUUUAAAGAAAAGAAGAGAGAUGUUUAACCCUUUCACCCCUAGGAAGCUUUGCUAGACUCUACCAUACAUUUAUUUGGAUGAGUCCAUUAUGGUCUAUAGUGGUGAAAAGGUUAAAGGAUGAACAUGAAUUAUUUUGAAUUGUCAGAUCUACUGACUUUCCCAUUUUCAAACUCAUUGGAUAAACCUGCUAGGAGUUGGUAAACAUUUUUCUCUCACAACCACUGUAGGUUUCCUCAUUUCUGACUUACUGGAUAAACCUGCUAGGAGUUGGUAAACAUUUUUGGUUACCUACUAGUGGGUGAUUGCAUUGGUCAAUUCAUUACUUAUGAACGUCACGUAACAAUGCUUUACGAAGUCAUCUUCCAUUGUGACGUCAUGAUUCACGGCUAAUAGUUUCCCCAUAGAAAGCCGACAUAGUGUAUUUUCAAGGGAAUCAUAUGGCUUUCCAGGUAUAAAAUAUGAACGUUAUGGGAGAAAGAGGACCCCAAACUCGUGAUGGUAGAUUAUCAUGUUUAUCCAACUCCGUUGUGUCUUUAUUAAUUUGAAAAUUAUCUAAUUCGAGUUGGAUUAAUAUGAUAAACAACCAUCACUCGUUGGGGAACCUCUAUACCCACUAGUGGGUAACUUACUGGACGCUAUUUCAUUGGUCAGUCUUCUAACUAUAACGUAAAGUUACUAUUUUUUUAGCAAAAUGUUUUUGUGAUAUUUUCUUGGAGAACCAAAUAUGGCUCAAAGACGGACAGAUCUUGGAAUGGCAGAGUUAUGUAAGUGUGAGGUGGAAGGGUUUUUAGUGUAUGUCAUAAAAUUACAGAAUUGAAAUGCUUAUUGAAUAAGCGUUAUGUUAUAGAAUAAAAGGUCAGCUAAUUGAAUACAUGAAAACAUUUGAUUGAGUUUAAAAAACAAUUUGGACAGAUGUAGAGAUAAGAUUAAUGGUAUGAAUGUAUAAAUAAAUUAAGAAAUUAACAACAGCAUUUGAAUGGAAAAUGAAUUUACUUCAUUGUCAGGACAACUGCAUCCUCGAUACCCAGAGUAAACGCUCACUUUCGCUCUCUGCACCCCUGGAAUAUUUCAUAGCAAAAUCGAAGGCUCGGUGUACGCCACUUUGUGGUCGAAACGAGUAGACUAGUUCGAUCCUUUGAUGUACAUCAAAAGAAUCUUGCGGUCACGCAACGGUUACCUGACACCAAUCAAAUAGCUU